UUGGAAGUUGCAAAGUCCUAGAGCCUCCAGAGGGCUGUCGGCGCAGUAGCAGCGAGCAGCAGCGUCCGCGCGCUCCGGCGAGGGGCAGCAGGAGCUAGAGCCGAGCGCGGACCCAGCCCCGGACCCACCGCCGCCCCAGGCCGCCUAGCAGAGCCCCAGCCAUGGCACACCAGCUCCUGUGCUGCGAGAUGGAGACCAUCCGCCGGGCGUACCCCGAUGCCAACCUCCUCAACGACCGGGUGCUGCGGGCCAUGCUCAAGGCGGAGGAGACCUGCGCGCCCUCGGUGUCCUACUUCAAGUGUGUGCAGAAGGAGAUCCUGCCGUCCAUGCGGAAGAUCGUAGCCACCUGGAUGCUGGAGGUCUGCGAGGAGCAGAAGUGCGAGGAGGAGGUCUUCCCGCUGGCCAUGAACUACCUGGACCGCUUCCUGUCGCUGGAGCCCGUGAAAAAGAGCCGCCUGCAGCUGCUGGGGGCCACCUGCAUGUUCGUCGCCUCGAAGAUGAAGGAGACCAUUCCCCUGACGGCCGAGAAGCUGUGCAUCUACACUGACAACUCCAUCCGGCCCGACGAGCUGCUGCAAAUGGAGCUGGUCUUGGUGAACAAACUCAAGUGGAACCUGGCUGCCACGACCCCGCACGACUUCAUUGAACACUUCCUCUCCAAAAUGCCGGUGGUCGAGGAGAACAAACAGAUCAUCCGCAAACACGCGCAGACCUUCGUUGCCCUCUGUGCCACAGAUGUGAAGUUCAUUUCCAACCCGCCCUCCAUGGUGGCUGCCGGGAGCGUGGUGGCCGCAGUGCAAGGCCUGCACCUGGGAAGCGCCAACAGCUUCCUGUCCUAUCACCGCCUGACACGGUUCCUCUCCAAGGUCAUCCGGUGUGACCCGGACUGCCUCCGCGCCUGCCAGGAGCAGAUCGAAGCCCUCCUGGAGUCCAGCCUGCGCCAGGCCCAGCAGCAGAACUUGGACCCCAAGGCCGCGGAGGAGGAGGAGGAGGAGGAGGAGGAGGUGGACCUGGCCUGCACGCCCACCGACGUGCGUGACGUGGACAUUUGAGGGCGCCGCGGCGGGGGAGGGGCCGGCCCGGGCUCCGCGGACAGAGCCGCCCAGGCCCGGCCGCCGUCGGAAGGCAGCCCGCUCCUCAGUGUCCUGGUGUUUUCCUUUGCCCUUUCUCCCUUCUGUCUCUGAGUUAAGCAAAAGAAAAGAAACGUCCCCGAAAACCUAUGUUUAAGAAAAAGAAAAAAAAAAAAAAAGGAGAGGAAAAAAUAGAAUUUGCAUAACCCUGAGCUGGAGGGGGGAGGAGGGUUGUGCUACAAAAAUAGAGGAUGUUAUAGCCCGUAAUCAACUAGUUUUUAUAUUCAUGUGUUUGUGUCUCUGUGUUAUAAGGAUAGGCGUUAACACAAGGAGCGAGUCUGCAGGGGAGGAUUAGAUUUGAUUCUUUAUGUGUUUCAAACAAACAAACAAACAAAAAGCAUGAAAACGUUAAAAAAAAAAAAAAUAGGAAAAAGUCCACAACCCAUUUUUAAAGUAGAAGAGGGUUUUAGAUA